AUGUCAGACGACAGUUCCCAGUCCAGAGCUUCCGGCCAUAGUUCCCAGUCCAGAGCUUCCGGCCAUAGUUCCCAGUCCAGAGCUUCCGGUGACAUUUCACAGUCUCCACAGUCUGGAACCUCCAACGACGGCCCCCAGUCCGGGGCCUCUAGCAACGAGCUGCAGUCCAGAACCUCCGGCGAUGAUCCACAGUCCGGCUCCCCGUCUCCUGUGAGUGUGGUGCGGAAAGGGAAUUGUGGGAAGAACAGUAUCUCUGUGUCGUGGCAGGAGCCAGACAGACCCAAUGGGAUAAUCCUGGAGUACGAGAUCAAAUACUUUGAGAAGGACCAGGAAACCAGCUACACCAUCAUCAAGUGCAAGGAAACAGAAAUCGUAGCUGACGGGCUGAAGCCAUCAUCAGUCUACAUAUUCCAGAUCAGAGCCAGAACAUCGGCCGGGUACGGAGGAUUCAGCCGACGCUUCGAGUUUGAGACCAGCCCUUACUUAGCUGCAUCCAGUGACCGGUCUCAGCUCCCCAUCGUCGUUGUGGCCAUCACUGUAGGGGUUAUUCUACUGGCCCUGGUGACUGGCUUACUGCUUAGUGGAAGGUAA